CAUGAAUAAACUGAUGUGUUACGUUUGCGUUAGAACCGGUUUAUAUAAAUAUAUGCCGUACGUACGUUCUCAUUUUUGUCUGAUCUGCGAUACGCUUCAAAUUAUCGUGAGUGCGAGGAAAAAGUGUACUUGAAAAGAGGGAAUAACCGGGUCCGACCGAGUUUAGUGACGGAAUAUUUUACGUCUAAUUUCAUUCCGAGUGCAGGACAAACGUAUUAAAAAAAGUGUUAGAAAACUGGAGAGAAAUUUGUCUUCUUGUUGGCUAACUUUUUUUAGGAGGAAGACGUUUUUCAAGCACAAUGAAGACAUCAAUUGUCGAUAGUUUGAUAAGUGACUUGCCAAAAGGACCAUUAGAUGCUUAUAGAAAACGUGCAACAUUUGACUGGAAAUCAUUCAAAUUGGCUUUAAAUGGAGAAGAUUAUCUACGAUACGAGGAUGACUUAUGGAAGCUAGUGAAAACUAAUCCAGCAUUUCAAAGGUUGCCAGGGUCAGCAACAUUAGAUGAGAUUCAAAGACACUGUAAUGCUGGAGUGAGAGCAAUUAAUGAGGCUGAGAUUUUUCCAUGGAAUAAUCAAAAUGAGCUAUAUGUCUUAUGCCAAUAUGAUCCAUCUGUAAUUAUAAAACUAGGGGUCUCAAGAGGUAUGGUUCCGAAUAGUAUACUUGCACUGGGUACUGAUCAACAUUAUCAUUUGAUAGAAAAAUUUGAAGAUGGAAGUUAUAUUGGCUGUUUUGCCUUGACUGAAAUUUCCCAUGGUACCAAUGCAAAAGGCAUAAGGACUACAGCAACAUAUGAUGUAGCAACAAAAAGUUUCAUUUUUCACACACCAGAUUUUGAAGCUGCAAAAUGUUGGGUUGGUGGCUUAGGGAAAACUGCGACACAUGCUGUUUUAUUUGCACGGUUAAUUACACCGGAUGGGGUAAAUCAUGGUCUGCAUCCUUUCAUCGUACAGAUUCGCGAUUUAGAGACUCAUCUGCCCAUGCCAGGUGUUACUGUUGGUAACAUGGGUGAAAAGAUAGGACUAAAUGGAAUAGACAACGGAUUUGUAAUGUUUAACAAAUAUUUUGUACUACGUAAUUGUUUGUUAAAUCGUACAGCGGAUGUUACUGAAGAUGGAAAAUAUUUGACCACUGUAAAAAGCGAGAGCAAAAGAUUCGGUUCAUCGUUAGGUGCAUUAUCAGGAGGUCGUAUCGCUAUUACUAACAUAUGCGCAGAAUAUAUGAGUCUCGCAAUAGUGAUCGCAUUACGUUACUGUGCUGUGAGAAGACAAUUUGGCCCAACAGAGGACAAUGAAUUGCCAGUUAUAGAAUAUCAAACGCAACAAUGGAGAUUAUUGCCUCACUUAGCUGCGACAUACGCAAUAAAACUGUUUUCCAAAGAUUUCUUUAUAAAGCUAAUAGAAUUUAACUUAAGUCGCUUUACGGAUGAAAACAUUGAUCCAGACUUGAUUGCAAAUAUGGGAAUGGAGAUACAUGCAUUGUCUUCCGCAACUAAACCAUUUUGCUCAUGGACAGCUCGCGAUGCAAUUCAGGAUUGCAGAGAGUCUUGCGGUGGCCAUGGAUAUUUGAAAAUGUCGCGCUUGGGUGAAAUAAGAGCAAAUAACGAUGCGAACUGCACAUACGAAGGUGAAAACAAUAUACUCGUACAACAAGCAAGUAACUGGCUCUUAAACCAAUGGGAUAAUGCAAUUAAAGGACGUCUUGUACCAUCUCCAUUUGGUUUCAUAGACUUUCUUCCUGUUGCGGAACAGAUAUUCAGUAUCAAAUUUGACAGAAAGACAAUAGAUGACACAGUAGAGCCUAAAUAUUUGCUUCUAAUUUCUAAAUGGUUGGUGUGUUAUUAUUUGAAGAAGACGUACCAACAUGUGAAGCAACUUAAAUCGAGCGGAAUGUCUGAUUUUGAUGUAAAAAAUAAUUCCCAAACAUUCCUAGCGCGGACCUUAUCUCUCGUGUAUGCGGAGCACGCUGUAUUAUCAUAUUUCUGCAAAAAUUUGCAAGAUCCAAAAUGGAGCUUGAACGAACGACAAGUGUUGACUGAUUUGUGUUCUCUGUUCGGAGCUGUACUUUUGGAGAAGAGACUGGGAGAUUUGUAUGCUGGCGGUUUCGCAUCUCCUGAUUCUAAUAUCGACAACCUUUUACGAGAAGGAAUUAUAAAACUCUGUAAGAAAUUAGUUGACAAUGCAGUUGCGCUGGUCGAUGUCUUGGCACCGCCUGAUUUUGUACUUAACUCACCUCUGGGAAUGUCUGAUGGAGAGGUAUAUAAACAUAUGAAGGAAUGGAUAUAUAGCGAGAAAGAGAACCUGCAGCGUCCGUCGUGGUGGACUGAAAUUGUGAAGUCUAAAUUAUAAUAUGAUUGAUGCUGUUCAAUUCUGAGAGUAACAUGCCUUGUAACUGCUAUUUCUAAUCCAAGAGAUGAAGAUGAUUUAAAAUACGCAGAAGUUUACGAUAAAUGCAAUAUCAAUAUUAUAUUGAAUUAUAUUGAAACGUUAUAUUGAAAUCAAAUUUUUCUAUUUUUAUCAUUACAACAUUAUUGUUGUGUUUGAUAAUUUUUAUAUUUAUAUACAUUGCACUAACAAUUGAAAAGGUUUAUGUGAUACGUUUUAUCGUAGAUGACAUAAUUUCUGUUUAGGGAAGUGUCAGCUUUAAUAACUUCAAUAUAUGUUGGAUAACCUUUUGAAAGUUAUUCGAUAUAAAAUGACCAACUUUAAUAACAUAUCAAGGUCAUUGGAGCUGAUUCCUCUAAAUAAUUACUGUAUAUUUAUAUAUUGUUAAUAUACCAAACGGAGAUUUAAUAUCCAUUAAAACAUUCAGAUGUCUUGUUAACAAAUAUAUU